AUGAAUGGUAUCAUACAUAACUGUACCCACAAGGAUGCGGGUGAGGAUGUAUCAUUCCGCCUCAGCGAGGAGGAAAUGUUCAUUCGUAUAUUCAACUACAUUGAGCAUUUGUUCGGAAAGAUCAAGCCCAAACAACUCUUUUUCAUGGCUAUUGACGGUGUUGCGCCGCGAGCCAAGAUGAACCAGCAACGUUCUCGGCGUUUUAGGACUGCCCUCGAUGCUGAAAAGGCCCGUGAAAAGGCCAUCAAGGAAGGUGUCGAGCUUCCCAAAGAGGAGCCUUUUGACAGUAACUGCAUCACCCCCGGCACGGAGUUCAUGGCAAAAUUAUCCCAGCAAUUGAGGUAUUUCGUCAACAAGAAGGUGUCCGAGGACACAGAUUGGCAGGGUUGUGAAAUUGUGCUAUCCGGCCACGAAGUUCCUGGCGAGGGAGAGCACAAGAUCAUGGAAUAUAUUCGAAAUGCUAAAGCCCAGCCAAACUACAACCAGAACGUCAGGCACUGCCUGUAUGGUCUUGAUGCUGAUCUGAUCAUGCUCGGUCUGCUCAGCCACGACCCUCAUUUCUGUCUUCUCCGAGAAGAGGUUACAUUCGGACGGGCUUCAAAGACCAAGUCCAAAGAACUCGAGCAUCAAAACUUCUAUCUGCUUCAUCUUUGCAUAGUCAGAGAAUAUUUGGAGAUGGAAUUUCAAGAGCUUCAAAAGGAUGGGACCCUGAGCUUUCCCUUUAAUCUUGAAAGAGUCAUUGAUGACUUUAUUUUGAUGGCGUUCUUCGUGGGGAACGAUUUCUUGCCCAACUUACCCAGUUUGCACAUUAACGAAGGUGCUUUGGCAAAAAUGUUUAGAAUCUACAAAUCUAUCCUCCCGAAAUGCGACGGAUACAUCAACGAGAAUGGAGUUAUCAAUAUGGAGCGACUACAGCGCCUCCUCGGCGAACUUUCCAAGACCGAAAUCGAUGCUUUCGAGAACGACGUAUCUGAUGAAAAGUGGUUCGCGUCAAAACAGAUGGAAAAGAAACUUGAAAACAAAAACGCCGAAGCGAAAGCGCCCAAAGGGGGUCAGCUGGUGAUCACCUCAGCGCAGCGCGAUUUAUGGAAACAAAAGAUUCGACCCUAUAUUUCGAAACGCUCCGAACAUCCUUUGGACCUCGGUACAAGUCUAAAGGCCGCUGAUCGUAAGUUUGUUCAGGACUUGGCCGAUUCAAUGCACCUCCAGUGGUCCACUAAGGAGGACGAUGAGGGGCACCGUCAUCUGAUUGUAUCUUUCCCCCCCAAGGUCAAGGAUAAUGCCGACGACGAGGAGGAUGAUGAUGACGACGAGGAGGGUAAUCUAGCUGCCUACCGAGUAAUGAAGACGUACGACAAGGCGAUGGUGAUCGACUUGACUCCCGAAGAUGCCCAGAAGCAUUACGAGAAGCUCUACCAAGACAAAUACCAAGGCUGGAAGACAAAAUACUAUCUCCAGAAGUUUGAAGAGUGGGCACCUGACAAUUACGACAAGGAGCUCACAGCGCUUUGCGAGAACUACGUCCAGGGUCUCCAGUGGGUCUUGUACUACUACUAUCAAGGAAUUGCAUCAUGGCCUUGGUUCUACGGGUACCAUUAUGCACCACUUAUUUCCGAUGUCGUCAAGGGUGUCGGUGCGGACCUCAACUUCAAAAAAGGCCAACCUUUUUUGCCAUACGAACAACUCAUGGGUGUGUUACCGGACCGGAGUAAGAAGAUCGUCCCUAAGGUUUACCAUGACCUGAUGACGAAUCCUGACUCUCCAAUCAUUGACUUCUAUCCACGAGACUUCGAACUCGACAUGAAUGGCAAGAAAAUGGACUGGGAAGCAGUUGUCAAGAUUCCCUUCAUCGACGAAAAACGCUUAUUGACCGCGAUGGCCCCCAAAAACGAGUUGCUGGAACCUGAUGAGAAGGCUCGCAACGGGUUUGGGGUUCCUCUGAAGUUCACCUAUUCCCCUGAAGUCGAUUUUGUGUAUCCUUCACCACUACCUGGCGUUUUCCCAGAGAUCCAGAACUGUCGCUGUAUUGAGAAUAUCUUCGACCUUCCGGACAUGGAGGGACUUGAAUACUUGUCAGGCUUGACUAACGGUGCUUUGCUAAGUGUCGAUGCACUGGCCGGCUUCCCUUCGCUGCACACUCUUCCGUAUACCGCCCAACUCGUUGAAGGGUACGGUGUCAAUGUAUUCCAGGCUGACAGCAGAAACCCGAGCAUCUGUGUCACACUGACUGAAACGGAGAAUCGUACCAAGAUAGAAACUUGGAAGGCCAAAAUAGGCCAACGAUGCUUCGUUGGAUACCCAUUCCUUCAGGAAGCCAAAGUCAUCAAGGUGCAAGACGAACUUUUCAGCUACGAAAUGGCCGACAAUGGUAAAGAUAUUGUGACGAAGGACCACAAUAACAGGGAGGCUGCCGAUUGGGCCAAAGAGGCUGAUUAUCUGGAGAACUGGCAUGCCAAACGCUUGGCAAUUACCAUCGGACAGGUUGAGUGUUUGGUAUAUGUCCAUAUGCUGAAGGGUCUCAUUCGUACGGAGGAGGGAGCCCUGAUUAAAGAGUAUGCUGAGAAUCCCAGUCUGAGAAGCACCUAUGCUGCGCAGACCAUUGUUGACGAAGUCGUCAACGAAGAUGAACGCUUCAUUGAAAAAGAGGCGUUGCCAAUCGAUGAAGAAUUCCCUCGGGGUACGCGUGCGUUUUUCCUGGGAGAGUACGCAUACGGACGCCCCCUUGAAGUUGCUGCCCACGCCAAUAACAAGGCUGAGAUCGUUGUUUCGAUGCUGAAGAAUAAGGAACCGGACUUUGCGAAGCAAAUUAUCCACCAGGCAGAACGCUCCAACCCCUACACCCCUUCUUUUGCUGUUGCCAAGCAGUUGGGAAUUCAUCCUCUUGUUCUGAGCAAGAUUACAUCUUCGUAUCAAAUUAUCAAUUCUGCUGGACUUCGACUGAAUUUGGGACUGAAUUUGAAAUUUGAAGGACGAAAACUCAAGGUUCUGGGCUACUCAAGGAAGUCUCACACGGGCUGGGAAUUCAGUGGCAUGGCAAUCAAGUUGAUUGCUGACUACAUGGUUGCCUUCCCCGAUUUCUUUGCGGCCAUCCAGAGGGAACCUCAGAAGAGCGAGGUUCUCGAAACCGAUCUUUGGAACGACCCCAGUGUUGCUUCACAGAGAGUCAAGGAGAUCGUAGCCUGGCUCAAGAAGCAGGAGACCAGCAAAUUCGAGCGUGUUCCUUUGGAAGCUGAGCAACUCGACUCCGAGGUUGUUAAGGCCCUGGCUAAUGUCGGAGAACAAAUUCAUGCUGCUUCUCAAGAUAUUGAAAUUAAAAAGCUGCGUAGUGUUCCUCGUUCAGCGCUUCUCAAGCCGUCUGAUGCUGAGAUGGUGCUCGGCAGUCAGAACUUUGCCCUGGGAGAUCGGGUGACUUACGUCUCUGCCGCUGGAAAAGUUCCUAUCGCGACCCGUGGAACUGUUGCUGGUAUCAGCCGCACAGCUACCGCUCUGCUUUUAGAUGUUGUCUGGGACACAUCGUUCAUGAGUGGCACUACGCUUAACGAGAGAGCUCCGAUGUUCCGUGGACAAACUGUGGCAUCUUCUUCGGUCCUGAAUACCACGAACAAACAAGUAAUCUCAACCACAAGCAAGUCACAACAGCGACGACCGGUCCCCGCCGCCCACGGUGGAUAUGCGAAUGUGGGUGUCACACAAUAUAAGGAUGCUCCGGCACCUGGUCCGCUUCGUGGUGGAUGGCGCGGAGCCUUGAAUGGCUCCAACUCACCUGGGCGCAACUCCCCUGGACGAGGACGAGGCAACGGCGCUCGUGGAGGUGCUCCUAACCUCAUGCACAGCACCUUGGUUUACCGGAAUGGCCCUCCCGACGGCGCAUCUCAAGGCCAGGACGCUAAUGGGCACGGAACUCAAGGUAGAGGAGGUCGUGGUCGCGCACGCGGUACCCAUCAUAGUCCCCCCGGUCCUGAGAGGCACCAAGGGGUCGAGCCCCCGCAAGAACAGAAAUAUGGCAAUGUUCCUCCACCAGCCAGCCUUGACUCAUCCCGAGGCAGGGGCCGUGGACGUGGACGUGGUGGAAGAGGGCGAGGCGGAGCCAGCCGCGGACGAGGCAACGGAGGAGCUGCUGGUGGUGGAACCCAAGGCUAG